AUGACAACCAUUCAUAUUUUGCCAGAUUGGCAUGAAAAUGAACAGGCCAUGCCACAAGGGAAUGACAGUAUUCAUCAAGCACAAUUAUUUCAGUCGCAAGGCUGUGAUGUGAAUUUGUUAUUGGUGGAUUAUUUGACGCGUUUGCGUUCAAUGUUUCAUACUAAAAAUCUAGAUCAUGUGACAUAUUGGUCACUAUAUGAUGAUAUACAAGAGGUCGGUUUGACUGAUACUCGCGUGGUGGCUUUACAAGAUUUUAGCUGGCCAGAGACGGUUUAUUUUGUUGAAAUGCCCGACCAGAUUGUGGCAAUGCAAGAUGACAAGUUAUUUGCCAAAAUUCAAUUAGAUGGCGAUAAUUUAGGGCAAAUCGUAGCCAUUAUUUUUUAUGAAAAUGAUCAUCAAAAAACUUGUUUAGAUAUUGAUGAUCGCGGUUUUGUGUCUCGGACAACCUAUUUUGUUAAUGGUGAGAAAACUGCUGUUGAUUAUUUGACGCCUAGUGGUGAAGUUGCUAUGCAUGUUUCGCUACCAGAUCAGGCUGUGACAACAAAAGAGACGUGGUUCGGUGCCAAAAAAUUCGCCAAUACGGCAGUUUUAUUUCAAGCUAUUUUGAAACAAAAAAUCAGUAAGAUCAGUGAUGAAGCACCAUUAAUUGUAGCACAAACUGAUGUUAUCAAUCAGUUUUUGCUAGAAAACGACAUACAACAUGAUAUUAUUUACAGCGCCCAGGAAAGACGCGAAACGUCAAAGAUGACGCUACCUCAGUGCGUGAAAGCAGUCGUUACCGAUAAUGUGAGCACAACAAUGGUAAAUCAGCAUUAUAUUCCUACAUUUGCGACUAUUUUGUCAGAAGGAAAGUCUCAAGAAACCGCCAAUCUUGAUUAUUAUUGGGUGGCUGAUCAAACGAUUGCACAACAAUUGGCUGUCGUUUCUCAGUUCAUCACGAUAUUACGGGACAACGAACAUGCGCGCGUCAUUGUCGACACACCGGUUGCAUUAUCACAAGCGGUUACCAAUCUGAUCGAAACAAGUGAUCAAUCGACUGACAUAGAUGAUGAGUUGUUGGACAAUAAUGGUUUGUCAGAUGAACUUAAAAUGGCUGGCAACCAGCCCGCAACGAUAAAAACAGUCGCGGAGCGCUUUAUCAUAAACAUCGCGCCUACUGAGGAAAAGCAGCAACGAGCGAUUGAAAAAGUCCGUGUGUUGGUUGAUUUAAACACACAACCAAACGCCUACCUACAAACUUUGGCCUUAUCAGCCCUGAUUCCACAAAUAAAUGCUGUUAAAACACCAUUCGUGUUGGCAAAUCAAAAUGGUUUCAUUAUUGAUGAUGUCAAUGAACUGAGCGCUAAGAUUCAGUUUUAUCAACAUAAUAUCAAUGAUUGGGCAUUUGCUAAAAAUGAAGCAUUCAAGCAUUCUGAGAAUUACUACGAUACAGUGCUUUGGUCCAAAUGGCAGCGGGUGUUUGAUCAAGUAAAGCCACUGGGGGAAUAG